GAUCGUGGUGGUGGCUUCUGUUCCACGCCUAUCGACAUCACCGACCACCCACGUGAAAUUAUCUCUACGCUUGUCCGGCUCACUUUGAGCACCGCAUUUGCCCUUGGCCUUGAGCCAAUCAUGCAAUCUUCCGACCCCUGUGACUCACUAGACACCAUAGAAAGAACAACAGUCGUGGUCGGGAGCAUUCCUGUCCUACUACACGAUACCCUGCAUGUCUCAGACAUUGAGGUUCGUGGAUUGGUCCUGUUUUCGACCAGGAAAGAGGCCGACUGUGAGCCAGAGACUAUUCCGAACGACGUCAUUGUCAAAUUGUCGUGGGAGGGUCCAUCAUUGCCAACAUCCGACUCCCUCUACCGCCGUGCUGAGCAACAUGGUGUGCGGGGGGUAGCUCGGUUGUAUUACUCAACCCUGGGACGCCUUUCAGAGGGUCCCAGAACAAAACUCAACUUAAAAUCCGGAAUACACUAUUGGGAUCGGGAGCUGCGAGUGCAAAUCCUGGGACCGUCGUGCGUUCCACUCUACCGGGUCUUUCGUGAUCAAGACUUCGAAACCGCAUCCGACGUCAAGAUGUUCAAGAGCAACUCCUUGUCCCUUAGUGUACGUGCUUCCGAAGUAUAUGGAAGAGCCUAAACGGGGAUACGAGAUGAUGCGUGUGGCAUUCCAGCGAUGCGGGAAUGCCAGAUCCAGUGACGAGAACCAGAUACAUGUG